AUGAGGUUCCUGUACCUGAUCUUUGCUGUUGUCCUGCUGGUCUCCCUGACUGUCCCAGGCUACGGGCAGAUAAUGAAGCACUGCCCUGACGUGGGGUACUGCGCCAGCAAGUGUACCAAGGUGGACGUGUGGGCCCACUCCUACAACUGCAAGAAGUUCUGCUGCAUCCCACCCAUCUGGAAGGGGAAAUAG